AAUUCCCACCACUUUCCGAACUCAAACCAAACAAACAAAACUCCCUGCAAAAAUUUCCCCCCUGUGCUUACUAAUUAAAUCAUGCACCAAGCGAUUCCUUACCGGUCAUGGCAAUCCAUUGACACAAAACAAACCACAUUAUCAACCCGACCACCAUGGGGCGGCGGAUCAGCGUCCGCGACGGCGGAAGGUGGGGGAAGUAGAAGCGACGUGAUUGCGUCGGUGUCGGAGAGUGCGGCCAUAGUGUUCGCUAGAAGAGGGUGCUGUAUGAGCCAUGUGGUGAAGCGUCUUCUCUUAGGACUAGGGGCAAAUCCGGCGGUGUACGAGGUGGAUGAAGAACAUGAAUCUGGAGUUGUUAAGGAAUUGGAGGCUUUUGCCAAAUCUUCCAAUGUUAAAUUACAAUUGCCGGCUGUGUUUAUUGGGGGAACCUUGUUUGGGGGUUUGGAUAGAGUCAUGGCUACUCAUAUUUCUGGGGAUUUGGUUCCUAUUUUGAAACAAGCCGGCGCUUUGUGGCUUUGAAUUUUCUUUUUUCUUUAUAUCAAUCCUCAAUUUUCUCCCAUCAUUUUCCUUUUUUUUUUUUUUUUUUUUAUAUAUAUAUAUUAUUUUCCCCCUUUAUCGAACAGGGAUAUUUUGUUGCUGUGGCAUCUACUUUCCCGUUUGCAAAUUUGGGGAUUUUCCCCUUUUUUAGUUCAUUAGAGUUCGUAAAUUGAUGAACAUAUUUGUUAAUAAUAUAUAUCAAAUUGUUUUUCUUUUUCUAAA